AUGAUUUCAUUUCUUUUAUUUCUCAAAUCGUUUUGCAUUCAUUUUCCUUUCAUGUCGUUUUUAUUCUUCAUUAUUAUCAUCUUUUGUCUCAUUCAAGUUAUUCAUUCCCUUCCUCAAUCAGUUGCUUUUUCACUUUCUCUUUCUUUGAUUUUUUUCUUCUUUUUGUAUCUUUUUUCUUUACUUCAUCCUUUUUUCUCAGACCUGAUCUUUCUUUCUUUCUUUCUUUCUUUCUUUCUUUCUUUUUGUCUUCUCGUAUUUACGUUUCAUUCUUUUUCUCUCUUAUUGACUUUUCUUUCUAUUUCUUAUUACUUACUUUUCUUUAUCUUCUCUUUCAAAUUUCCCUUUUCUCUUUGUCUCAUUUCUUCUUUUUCUUUCUUAUUUGCUCAUAUUUCUUUAUUUUCUUUAUUUGAAUUCAUAUUUUGCUUUUCCUACUUUUCUUUCUUUCUUUCUUUUUUUCAAUUUAACUUUUCUUUUUUUACUUUUCUUUCUUUUUUCCACACUUUAAAUUUAACCUUUCUUUUUUACUUUCUUUUCUUUCUUUCUUCCUUUCUUUCUUUCUUUUUUUCUUUCUUUCUGUCUUUCUUUCUACUUUUUUUCUACAUUCAUUUUCUUUUCUGUUCUUCCAAAUUAAUUUUCUCCAACGACUGCAGCUUGCCUGUUUUGACCUUUUCUUCAUCCGUCAACAAACAAAUUUGCUGCCAUAUUGAAAACCGAUUUUUACCUGCCCUCCUCUAUUCUCAAACCUUUGACAAAAGAAUCAAUAACCUUUCUUAA